GCGUCUGUCAGCCAAUAGUCUGCUUUCAAACCCGGAAGUCAGAGAGAAGAGGGAAUUUCAGUUUGUUUACGUCGCGGGAUGAAAAGCUUGUCUUCUUGUCUGAAGGAUGUCACCUCGUUCUUAAUAACGUCUACCUGGACAAGCAAAAAAUGUCUCAGCUGCAGCCACAGACUGGGCUCCAACAAACAGCCGAGGAGCCCCUUCUGAACAUCCAGCAGAUGCAGUUCUGGCUGGACAAAGCGGUGGCAUGGGGCCAGGCUGACAACCCAGACUCUCAGAAAGACACCUGCCUGCACUUGAGCAGACUUCGGGAUUUCCUUCAGCAACUCCUCACACGGAUCAACAGCAUGAGCUCCACAACAGAGACCCUGAAGAGGCUCCCUUUCCUUGGCCAGUUUCUCGGCCGUCUUUGCUGGAACCCUUAUGUCACUGCUGACGCUAUGAGCAGAAAGCUGUUGUUCCAGUGUCUGUGGGGACUUUACUCAGAGCAUCCAUGCAAUGCUGUGGAAAGAAAAGCCAACCAGUGGAUACAGAAAGUGUUUUGUCAGCUUGCCACAGAAGAGGAUGAUGCUACAUCCCAUGCCUUAAUAAAGCAUAUGGGUGUACCACCUAAAGAGUACCAUCUGAAAGUCCUGAGAAAGAUGGUGGUAAUGCUGCAGGAAAACACCGGGAAGAGCUGCAGUUCUUUCAGCAACAUAAAUCAGAGGUGUUCCUGUGACAGCAUCCUAGCCAUGUCAGAGGCUUGUGUUCCACUGGUCACAUGUCCUGAGGCUGCUCCUCUCAUUGGUGCUCUGCUGCAGAAGCCAAUGACUUGUGUCAGGUCAACACUAAGUGAAGACUUUCUGGAUGCUCUGAGCUCUGCAUACUCAAGCCAGUGUUUGUCAUUAGAAGAGCAGGCUGAAGUGUCUCUGUGGCAUCACAGCCUGUCCAGCCUGGAAGAAGCCGUGCUCAGGCUACUGGAGUGUGUUCCUACCAACACAGGAUCAGGAACACAGAAACUAGAACAACAACUGGCACAGUCACUGCUGCCCAAAGCCUGUGCUCAGCAAUACUCCAUGUUCUUGGUUGUAAAUGACAUCUUCAGGUCUAUCCUGAAGCAAGCUGAAGGGGUUGAGCCUGUUAAGUGUCUAAUCCAAAGCUUUACCAGCUGUUUCCUCAGGGAACUGGCAUUGCAGCAACAUCAGGCGAGGGUUUCUCUGAAGGCCUGGUUCCCACAGUCACCUCAGAGACUGCUUGUUCCUCUCUUAACCCUGCCGUCAGAGAUGCCUCGGGAGGCUUGGAGACGUCACCUGAACUGGCUCAGCAGCUCAUUACAGAGACUGACAGAAGAAGAAGAAGAGGGGGAAGACGGAGAAAGCAGCAGUAGCACCAGUUUAGAGGGGCACUACAAAGUCUUUGAGGCCUGGUUCCUGCUGGUUCAGUGUGCACACUGGGUGCAGGUGGCUGCCCAGCUGCUGGUGACAUCCGGGCCUGAGGACUGUGACCAGCUGCUGUGGCUGCUGACUUUCUACCACUACCCCACAACCAGGGGGCACCAGAGAGCACUACAGCUGGUACGUGCCAAAGAAGCAUGGGACCACCUGCACUCCACUUUCUUGGUUGUACUCCCUCCUCUUCCUGUUGAGCACUUGAAGUCAUUGAUCACUCUGCUGUCACCACGAUCUCAGCAACCAUCACUGUCUACACUAUUUAUUCUCAGCCUUUUAGUCAACUUUGCUGUUUUCUCCCAACAACCGCUGAGUGGAUCAACAGAGAUUUUUCAGACGGUGGUGGAUGGGUCCGGUCUGGUUGAUGAAGCAGCGAGUCUUCUCAGCUCACUGGAGCUCAAACUGAACGGAGGAAGCUGUUUAUCAGGCGAUGCUAACAGAGUUCAUCUCAGGAUCAAAGCUCUUCAAAACACACUAACACAUGCACACAGCACCAAGCCCUGCCGAGAGCCCGGCACACACACUCACACUGCCUAGAAAAGGUGAGAGAGCGCAUACCCCCACACACACUCAUUAAUGCAGAGAACCACACAUCAGUGAGUUCAUCCCCGGCUCAGGGUUUUUUAGGGCACCUUUGCAGAAUGACAAAUAGCCGCACUCAUUGUGUAGAUAUGCUGCGGUACAAUGACAGGAGUGUGUCAAAACAGCCCAGCGAGGACAGAUUAUUUGGAGAGGCAGCAAUUAUACGCACACGCACAAAACACAACUGCAAGGCCCACAAGGACACUUGAGCAGUGACAGAUCAUACUGCAAAGAAGCAGCAGCUCGUACAGCGUGUCUGAGUCCUCCCACUCACAUAAUUGUGGCACAACAUAAAUCCUUCACGCUACACAUGCUGACUGAAAGGCAUUUACGUUUAGAGGACGGGACAACCAAACAGCAGUUAUAUCUGGAUAAUUACUGUUUGUGCUGAAAUGUGUUUAUAUGAAAAUGGUAUCCUGAAUGCUGAGUACAUUAUAAAAUGUGAAUAAUCAAAUAAGUUUCA